UAAAUUAUGCUUUUAGAAUAUAAAGUGAAUUCACAUGUCCUUUGUAUGAUGAAAUAGCAUAAUCAUAUUUAUAUUCUAUAAAUUCAAGAGGAAGUACUAAAAAAACAUUUAUUUUUUAAAAAUUUGAAAAAAAAUAAAAAAUAGCGACAUAAGUACCAAUACCAACUUUUAGUGCAAAUUAAUAAAAAUAUGAUGAUGUUGCCUAAAAUCUUUUGACUAUUAGUUCUUCUAAAAUUAUAUAAGUAAAUAUUGAACCUUAAACAGAUGAUCCUAAUGCAAGAGUUGUAGUUUCUGAUAAUAAAUAAAUGCCGAAUCCAAUGAUUUCUUAAUAAAAAAAUUAAUUUUCAAAUAAUACAUUUAUUUAAAAAUAUAAAGAUAAAACUUAGCUUAGAUUUAUUUAAUUUUCUAAAUAUUAAAAGGAAAGUGAAUUAUGCAUUGUUAAUCUAAAUCCUAAUGAUUAUACUAAAAGAGGAGAUAACGAUAUGGAUAUAAAUAGUAUCAUGUAACCCGAAAGUAUUGAUGUUGGUACUGAAAAACAUGACUCUUUAGAAUGGAAUUUAAGUAAGGAAUCAAAUUGA